AGACAGCAGUCUCCAGUAUCAGGAGCCGACUGCCUCCUUCGUUGAAAUUUCAUUGCGCUCACGAUCCAUUUGUUAAUUAUGUUGCGCUCUUUAUCCCUCCCUCUUCACGCGUUGUUUGUUUUCUACUUGUCGUUAUCGAGUUUUGUCAAUGGAGCCGAUGAAAAGGUGCUCGCCGCGGACCCGUCCCCUGAGCGGCGGGGCUAUUCCAAGGGUGAAUUGAUGCCUGUGAGUUGCCUCAAUAGAACAAUUGAAACCGGCGAACAUGUACGUCCCUCACUUCUCCAUUGCCGACGAACACGGAAAUCUCCAAUACAUACCCUUCCCACGGUGCAACGAGACAUCUCUGCCCCUGGCGUUUGCGUACAACACGCCGCAGACCCAGACAUGCACGAUCGAUUCUCUGCCCGACGAACUAUACCACCUGUUUGAAUUUUUUGUUCAUAGCGAUGUGCCGUUGACGUGUCGCGUGCCUUCGUGGCCGCUGAACCAAAACAAUCCUCACGAUGCAGAAGCGAUCUCGAGCCUUGGCACCACUGACAAGGAUGCCUGGACGCCGUUCACGAUUGCGCUGCAAGGAAUACUCCAAUUGUCCCAUCUACACCUCCAUACCAACAUCAACGUCUUGUUCCACAUGUCAGUCGAUUCGGCCGAAGGGCCAUCCCACCUGAUCGCCUCUACUGCGUACUCGAUCCCCAACACAGCGCCGUCGGCUCCUCUCGAGGGAUCUAAGAUCAUCCGGUACGAGCCGAUGGUGCUGACAUUCAAUGUUGGCUGGAUCGACGGCGAUGUCCUGCCGGGCAUGGUAGGCCGGCCGGUAAUGGGGAUCAAGGAUCACAGUGUCGGCCUGUCUUUACUCAGCUUCUUUGCCAUCGCGGCUAGUGCCGGCGUAGGGGCAAUGGCUAUGCUGGUCUAUGAACGCCGGAAGAGUGGCAGGAGUGCCACCUAUGGCAACGGCAUCCUCGGCGGCAAUGUCGGCAACGGCGUCGUCAGGAGUACCGGCUACGGAGGCUAUGGGGGCUACAGCAGUACGGGAAUGGGCAAAAGAGAUUGAAAAGCGAAAAGUGCAACAAACCGUACAUUUAUCCCGCCUGCCGGGUACAGGCCCGCAGCUUGAUUUAACCCCACCUCGGAUAGAAGAAAUACAAAUAGCGAUAAGAGCAUUAUGAUUUUGAG